AUGGCCGGGGGCGGCGCGUGCCAGGUGCAGGUGAGAUUCGAGGACGUCAUGGUUCAUAUCUCAAUGGAGGAGUUGCAGAUGCUGGAGAAAUGGCAGCAGGAACUGUACUUUGAGGUGUUGAAGGAGAACUACGAAUCUCUGAUCGCCAUAGGGAGUCCCGCGACCAGCUCUGAAGUCAUAGCGUGGUUUAAAGGAGGCGGGUGGCAGAACCGCGCAGAAAGCCAGGAUCCCAGACGGGGCGAUUCUUCCGCGAGUGAAAACGAGGAAGCGUUUGGAUCUGGAAGCGGGAGCCAGAACCUACUCAUCUGCACCCAAACAGAUGGAGGACUUGGGCAGAUAUACUCUAAACAAUAUACUGAGACGCUGGGACCACCCAAGAUGGUAGACAGCAGAUUUGAGGAAGAGCUGGCUCAAGAGGGCGACCUGGAGGGACCCCCUAAGCUUUUGGGCGUGCCAUUAAUGCAAAGGGGAAAUCCAGUGAGAGAUGAGUGCGUUCCACACCCAGAAAAGGCCACGCAUGGAUUGGCCAGCCCCACGCAUUCCCAGGUGGCAGCCGUAGUACUGAAGCCGUACAUAUGUCGGUGGUGUGGCGAGACAUUCCGGUUGAAAGGGCUUCUUCGUAUCCACAACAGGGUCAGCUUGCAGAAGCCAUCCCUUCCUUGCCCGGAUUGUGGCGUCUGCUUCCUCAGCAGCUGGCAUCUGAAGAGGCAUCAGAGGAUCCACAGCCGCGCAUGCGUAGACAGCCCGGGCACGGGCCAAGGGAGCCGAGCGGAGGAGAGAUUGCUUUUCUGUGCGGACUGUGGGGAGGGCUUCCGCAGGUACCUUGAUUUCCUCCAGCACCAGAAAACCCACGAGGAGGCGAAGGUCUGGCCAUGUGCACGGUGCAACACCACUUUUACGCACCAGAGCGACCUUGUGAUGCACGAGGAAAGCCACUUUGAGGAAGAACUGUGCACGUAUGCUCCAUGUGGGGAGAAUUGCGUCUGCGCGCUUUCCGUCCCACUGCAUUUUGCGUCCCGCUUUGAGAAGAGCACGGAGAACAGCAAGACGCAUUUGCAGAAAGACGAAAAGCCGCACGGGGAUGUCAAGAGCGAGCCAGAGAAACCCUAUUCGUGCCACCAGUGUGGGGAGAAGUUCAGAUUAGAAGGGAACCUGCAGCUACAUUACCGAUACUGCCAUAAGCAGCGGCUGCAGAAAUACAGGUAUGGUGUAACCUCCCCAGAGCGUCCAAAGGAUCGUGACAAAUGGGUGCCUAACGGAGAGGUGCCUGAGGCCAGUAGGGACAGCUCCGGCCCUCCGUCGCAAACGUCUUCUGCUAGGUGGACUUGCUCCCUUUGCAAGAAGGGAUUCAACAGUCGAUACAGCCUGGGCAAACAUCGGCAGAGGCACAAAGCGGAGCAGCACCAGAGUGCUGCAGAGCCUGACAAAAACGCAGGCCCCGCGAGUGGCUUCGGCAGCCGCGCGGCGGUCGGCAUAACGAAGAAGCUGCACAAGUGCCAGGAAUGUGGGAAGAGGUUUGUUUACAAGAGGCAUCUGGUCACGCACAUGAAAGCCCACGCCAAAGAGAGCCGCCAUUGGGGUCCUCUCUGUGGAGAAAGCUUGGGCUACAAAGGCAGCGUUCGGAAGCCCAUUCUGAUACAUUUGGGAGAAGAGCCGCCGAGCGGUGGGCGCCAGGAAGACUCCAGCCCGCCAGCGGUUGCCACGGAACAGAGGAAGGAGAAGAAGAGGAGGAGGCAGGAAGAGGAGCUCUCCCAAUGCACUGAAUGCGGCAAGAGCCUUAGCAAGUCAUACCUUCAUUCCCACCAGGCAUGGCAUGCAGGGAGGAGGUACAGGUGCCGUUUGUGUGGGAUCGUGUUCAACUUCAAUAGCGCAGGUCACCGCCACCUCCAGCAACACAGGAAGAACGGGGAUUUUUCCACCUGUCCCCAGUGUGGGAAUAGACGUCGGUCCAAGUGUUGUCUCUGCUUGUUAGAGACAAUUCACCUUGGGCAGAAGCCUCUACCGCCCACUGAGGACCCGUGUGGAAAACGUCCUGCCAGCCACAAACAGGGCGUCCACUCAGGAAUGCAGCCGGGCAAAGAGGGGGAGAGCGAAGAGUCGCCAGCAGCCGGUGCCCGGAUCCCCUACCGAAGCCUCCCAAAGCCUUUCAGGUGCAUGGAGUGUGGGAAGCGCUUUGCCUACAAGGCGCGCCUGAUCAUGCACCGCCGGAGCCACACAGGCGAGCUGCCGUUCCAGUGUGCCGAAUGCGGCAAGGGUUUCAUUCACAAGAGCUACCUCAACCUACACAAGAAGAUGCACGUUAAAAAAGUGGGUGUGAGAGAGGGAGGGGCCGGCAGCGUGGCAUGUACAAAGGGCAUGCAGAUGGGGCUGGUGACAGAGGGUUGGGGGGAACAAUGA